AUGGGGAGGAACGUGUCAGCCCUCACACAGCCCAAUAUGCCGCAGAAGUGCAAGGAUCCUGGCACUUUUACUGUCCCUUGCACUAUUGAAAAUUUCACCUUCAGCAAUGCAUUACUUGAUCUUGGUGCUUCCAUAAACGUGCUGCCUACAUCAAUCUACAGGUCUUUGAGCCUCAGCCCUCUGAAGCAAAUUGAUGUAGUCAUUCAAUUGGCAAAUAGAAGCACUGCAUUCCCUACUGGAGUAGUAGAAGACAUGAUAAUGAAAGUGGAUAAGCUGAUAUUCUCUGCAGAUUUCUAUAUUCUGAACAUGGCAGAAAAGUCUAGCAUGCCUACACUGAUCCUUGGUAGACCUUUCCUAAAAACAGUAAGGACAAAGAUUGACGUGUACUCAAGAAUUCUAUCUAUGGAGUUUGGAGAUGAUGUUAUGCAGUUUAAAAUAUUUGAGGCCAUGAAGCAUCCAUUAGAGCUGCAUAGAGAUUUGUGUAAAGUUUGUACUAAAAUAGAUGCAUAUUUAGCAGCUGAUGAUGUUUCAUGUGAUGCAGUAGCAGGUCUGGGACGCUCUAGCUUGAUUACAGCAAGUACACAUACCCUGGAACCUGUCCAGAUACAUGCUGCAGAAUUAGACUUCUCCAUCAGGACACUUCUAUCUAUUAUUCAGCCACCUAUACUUGAACUAAAGCCUCUGCCCAAGAACUUAAAGUAUGCAUUUUUAGAGAUUGAUAACAAGCUACCAGUAAUCAUUUCAGUAGAUUUGGAUGCUGCACAAGAAUAG